UGGUUUAACCUUUUAAAGUGCAGUCGCGUCUCCUCCUGGCGGUGUGAGCAGUUCUUCCGCUUGACAAACACGACUGAAGAAGAAGAAGAAGGAGGAGGAAAAACAGACUGAAGCAUAUAGAAAUACAAACAUGGCAGCUAUGAGGAUGAUAAGUUUUUUUGAGAAGUGAGAUAUUGCCUCAAAAUGAGUGUGUAUGAGGGUAGAGAUGAGGAUGGUGCUAUCCAUCAUCAGAUCCCGAAAACAUCUCCAAGCUCCAUUUGUAUGUCAGUGAGUAAUAAAUCCAUGGAUUACCCACCUGCAAUGAGCUCUGACCCCAGUAAUUUUCAUUUAAUCAGACAUGAGGUACACACAACUGCAUCCCCAGAGUCCAGCUGUGUGUCCUUGAGGAGUAGCGUUCAGCUAUGCAGUAAUAAAACAGUGACCUCUGAUUUCAGAGUUGAGGUGAAUGAAGACUUGCAACAGGAUUGUCAACAACCAGUGGAUGAUGUUCUACAAAAAGUUAAAGAGAUUCACAAAACUGGCAUGAAGAAAAAGUAUGAGCACUUAUUUGAAGUAGUCAAAAUACAAGAGAAUCGAACCCUACUGAACAUGAUUUAUACACAGCUGUACAUCAUAGAGGGAGAAUAUGAAGGGGUGAAUGAAGAACAUGAGGUUUUACACAUGGAGAAAACACCCAGAACACAAAACUCACAAGACACUCCAAUCUACUCCAAUGACAUAUUUGACCCUUCACUUAAACAAGCAAAAAUAAAGACUGUUCUCACUAAAGGCAUUGCUGGAAUCGGAAAAACAGUCACUGUGCAGAAGUUCAUUCUAGAUUGGGCUGAGGGAAAAGCCAAUCAGGAUGUAGAUUUCAUGUUUGUGCUUCCAUUUCGAGAGAUUAACUUGGUAAAAGAGCAGAGGUAUAGUCUUCACAAACUUCUUCUGACCUUCUACCCUGAGCUUCAAUAUCUGGACUCAAAGACUUAUGCUGAGAGUAAAGUGGUGUUCAUCUUUGAUGGUUUGGAUGAAAGCAGAAUUUCACUCUUUUUAGACACUGACACAGUUUCUGAUGUGAAUGAGUUUUCAUCGGUGGGUGUGCUGAUGUCAAACCUCAUGAAAGGAGAGCUGCUUCCCAGUGCUCUCAUCUGGAUCACCUCCAGACCAGCGGCAGCCAGUCAGAUCCCCUCAAAAUACAUUAACCGUGUGACUGAAAUUCAGGGAUUCAAUGACUCUCAGAAGGAACAAUAUUUCAGGAAGAGAAUCAGUGAUGAGCAUCAACCCAGUAGAAUCAUCUCACACAUAAGAAGAUCGAGAAGCCUCCACAUCAUGUGUCACAUACCUGUCUUCUGCUGGAUCUCAGCCACUGUGCUUCAAAACCUCCUGAAACAAGAUGACAGUGCAGAAAUCCCUCAAACUCUGACAGAAAUGUACAUACACUUCCUGAUCAUUCAGACAAAUGUUAAGAACCAAAAGUAUGAUGGGUCAGAUCAAAAAAGCCUGCAGUCCAACAAAGAAGUAAUCUUGAAACUUGCCGAACUGGCUUACAAGCAGCUGAUGAAGGGCAAUAUCAUGUUCUAUGAGGAGGAUCUGAAAGAAUGCAGCAUGGAUGUCACUGAUGCCUUAGUGCGUUCUGGGAUUUGCACUGAGAUCUUCAAGGAGGAAGCUGUGGUUAAUGAGAGAAAAGUCUACUGCUUUAUACAUCUGAGUUUUCAAGAGUUUCUUGCUGCAUUUUAUGUUUUUUACUACUUUGUGAAUAUGACUAUGGAGGUGCUGAGUUGUUUUACCGCACUGCAUCGCUUGUUUAAAGGGGUAGUAGACAAAGCUUUAGAAAGUCAGAAUGGGCAAUUCGAUCUUUUCCUUCGAUUCCUUUUAGGCAUCUCACUGGAGUCCAAUCAAGGACUUUUAUAUGGUCUUUUGGCUCACACUGAGAGCAGCUCUGAGAGCAUAAAGGAAAUCACAAGGUACAUUAAAGAGAAAAUCAAAAAGGAUCCCGAUCUAUCAGCAGAUAGAUCCAUCUGCCUGUUCCACUGUCUGCUGGAAGUCAAAGAUCAGAAUCUGUACAGAGAGAUCCAGGAGUUUCUGACCUCAGCGAAACACUCAGAGAAGAAACUCUCUCCUGGACACUGCUCAGCAAUAGCCUACAUGCUUCAGAUGUCAGACGACGUGAUGGAUGAGCUGGAUCUUAAGAAAUACAACACAUCAGAGGAGGGUAGAAAGAGACUUAUACCAGCUGUGAGGAACUGCAGAAAAGUUCUGUUUUCUGGCUGUGAUCUCAUUGAUCAGUGCUGUGAAACUGUGGCUUUAGCUCUACAGUCAGCUGACUGCCCCCUGAGAGAGCUGGACUUGAGUAACAAUGACCUGCGGGAUUCAGGAGUGAAGCUGCUCUGUGAUGGACUGAAAAAUCAUACCUGUCAACUAGAAAUACUCAGAUUGUCUGGCUGUAUGGUGACAGAGGAAGGCUGCUCAUACCUGACAUUGGCUCUGAGUUCAAACCCCUCACACCUGAGAGAGCUGGAUCUGAGCUACAAUCACCCAGGAGAUUCAGGAGUGAAGUUGUUAUUAGAUCUACUGCAGAAUCGAGACAUCAAUUUGGAGAAACUCAAUUUGGAACAUGGAGAACAGAUCAGAAUCACACCUGGACUACGGAAAUAUUCAUGUGAUAUCACAUUAGAUCCAAACACAACACACACUCAGCUCAUCCUGUCUGAGGGCUACACAAAAGUGACAUAUGUGAAAGAGAAGCAAUUGUAUCCUGAUCAUCCGGAGAGAUUUGAGAACUUUGAGCAGGUUCUGAGCAGAGAGAGUCUGUCUGGACGAUGUUACUGGGAAGCUGAAUGGAGCGGACAGGCUGUUAUAGCAGUGUCAUAUAAAGGAAUCAGCAGGAAGGGAGGAAGAGAAUGUCGGUUUGGACUCAAUGAAAAAUCUUGGAUUUUGUUCAACUCUGAUAACAGAUUUACUGCUUGUCAUAAUAAUAAGAGAAUUGACGUACCUGCCCCUUCACCUCCCUCUACUAGAGUCGGCCUGUUUGUAGACUGGCUUGGUGGCAUCCUGUCAUUCUACAGCGUCUCUGACACAUUAACACACUUACACACAUUUCACUGCACUUUCACUGAGCCUCUCUAUGCAGGAUUUUUGCUUGACUUGGGAUCCUCAGCAUCUCUGUCCCGUGUCAGGAACAACAGUCACAUCAGACACACAACUGGGUGAAUUUUUUAGAAUAAUUUGCUUUAUUCAAAUUCACACUUUUUCUGUCUUAAAAAAUAAUAUGCUGCCAUUAUUCAUGCACACUCACAUCAAACCAAACUUAAUGACAUUCCGUCCUCGGUGGAACACAAAAGAAGGUAUUAUGUUAAUUCACAGUUAAAUUAACAGUUAAGACUGAAGCUAAAAGAUGUAGCUGUUACUUUCGUUGGUAUUUGAAGUAUAACAGUAUUGGUCUAUUUAUAAUUGUUUUAUUUAUUAUUUUUUAUAUUUUCGUACUUGUAAAAAGUGUUAACUGAUGACUGUGCAAAUGUAAGAGUUUUUUCAGUAAAAUAAUAUAUUGAUGUUUUACUUAAAAGCAAUUGCAUGAUUUUGCUGAAAUGUUACAUUUAUUUUCAUUUAAAUUAUUCUAUACCAUAUUUUCAUAGACUUCUGUAGCAGAGUUAUUUUCUGUUAAACAAAACAUGAAUUAAAAAUCGAGCGCAGCGUUAGUUCAGUCAGACCAAGGAGGCAUAGGCUGUGACCAGCUGAUGCAGUCAGCUAUCAAAUCGCUCCAAUCACUACCAUUGUCCUAUUAGACACGGGACAUAUAUACGUGGCACUACUGCUCGGUGAGUAUGCUCAAAUGGCUUGCAACCCUCCCUCCCUCCCCAUUAUAAGCAUGAGCAUAUUACCGUGCACCUUCUGGUUGUCGUCUUCUUUGUUUCAGAUCGCUAAGGCUUUCAAGUCCCGGUUGGCAUGGACCUUACUGCUGAGAGACACCCAUCCUCAUAACCAAGCUACAGGGUAGACGCCCCCACUACAACAUUUACACGAUUACCACUGUUUUUUUUUUUUUUUUUUUACAAUCUUUUUAAAAAAGUUUAUAUUAUUGAAAUUAUUCUGUCAUUUUCAAGCAGAUAAUUCAUAACAAAAUUCACAAUUCUAAUACUGACAUUUAAGAUAUUGUUUUCCCACCAAACAUGAUCAAUAACUACCUGUAUGAUGUUAAUUACAUUAGUUGGCUAUUGUUAGUUAAAGGAAAAUUACCAGAAUGGAAAGUGAAAUUGAAGAUGCAGGAAAAUUAUAUAAAUUAAUGAUCAAUUAAAACAAUAUAAUAUUGUUAUAUUACCAGGGGAUUUUUUUUUUUGCUUGCAAUAUUUUGAUUAAAGAACAGAAAAAAAAUAAGAAAAUUUAGAAUAUUUCUUAAUUACAUACAGAAAGUGUACACUAAUUUGUGCAAAAAAAAAACUUAAGACAUUUACAAUGAGGACUUGAAAAUGAACUGCACAUAUAUGAUGUCAGUUUCUUUUGUGUAAAAUUAUGUUGCUGGAUCUUAAUUAAUGGCUUAUUUGGUGAGGUUAGCAUUUCUAUAGCAUUGAAGGGGAAGAGACUCACUGAGUUGAUAGGUGUUCUCCAUUUGCACCUCUGGCUGUGGAAUAUCAUCAUGAUGUCCAGGCUCCUCCAUGUAGGACACUGUGCUGAUAGAGCUACACACAAACACAAAUGAUCUGAUUCCUUCAUCAUCUAUACUUUUAUGUUGGCACUUUUCAACGUUAUUAUUUUGUUAUGCGAGUUGGUAGAUGUUAAGGAAUGUAACUCACUCCUUAGUUUUGGCAAAAGUUUCUUUAGCUUUGACUUCAUGACUGCUCAGAGAAGACAAGCUUCCGUGCUUCUUCAGGAGAUGUGCUGCUUUCUUUUUCGCUAAAUCAUACAUUUUAUUGUUGAAUAUUGACUAAAUUGUAAAUGCUAUUCUACAAAAACCUGAAAGACAUAAAAUUUUUUAAAACAUUUGCAUUGGUAAAGCACUAAUAAUUUAGAAGUCUAUUAAAAACUUGUUUCUGUUGAUAAAAUAGAUAGUAAUUUAAACUCAAACGUAUGUACACAACUUCAUGGCAGCAAAAUACACUUACCGCUUAGAUGUGACUGGUUCCACAAAUAGGAAAUGCUCAGUGGCGCUACCAGUUUGUUGCCAAACGUUGCCUUGACAACAGAGGAUUUCAUUUUCUCUUUGAGUGGGAUCCAAAGAUAAGUGGAUCUCCCGCCAAUGAAUUACUGUACGUUUAAAUAGCCUAAUGGAACAUAAUUUAUUUGUAAUGUUGUAAAGAGUUUUCUAAUAAACUUCUACAUUUAGCAAGAAUAGAUAGAUUGAUUAUAAGAUCAAUUAAAGGUGAGGAAAAAACUGAAGGGAAAACAAUUUGUCAAUAAGUUCCCCAAAUGUAGAUGUUUAAGUUGAACACAGUGAGUUACUAGCAGCACUUCAAAGUUUUAAAAUAUAAAAUUCAACCGAUUUUGAUUACUUUUUAAUUAUUUUUUUACACACAAAACAAACAAACAAACAAAUAAAUAGCUUAACUAGAACAUGAAAAAAACUUCUACUGCACCUUAUACUUACACUGCAUUAAACUGAUGUUCUUCCUCUGUAUUUUUGUCUUGUUUUCCAGUGCAAAUAUCUAAACAUUUAUAAAUGAGAUAUAAAAUGUUUUCAAAACAAAGUGAAUUUAUGGAAAAAGAACAAAUAGCCUAUCUAACAUUAUCUAACAACUUCAUUCAAAAGGGGAUUUCAAUUCCCAUUUCAUACCCCAUUGACAGAUAUUUUUCCCUCUGUUUUAAACAUAAACUCAUUUAAUUUUGUUCAGUUUCUCUGAAAACAAGACUUCACAUGCUUCUAUUUGCAUCUCAAGUAAAUAUAUCAUGAUUUAAGGAUGUUUAGAUAUAUAUUUCAUGCCAUGACUUUAUGAAUUUAAGACUUUCUGCUUUAAUUUAAGACCUUCUUAGGGCCUUAAUUUGUGGCUGGUCAAUGCAGAAACCCUGUAAUUAGUGUUUAUAAGAUAAAGUAAUAGUUAUAGUGGAAUUUGUGUGAAUUUGUAUUAAUCAUAAACAUUUUUUUUUUCCUGGGACAAAAUUCCACCAGUUAUUAUGUUGAACAGAGUUCAGAUUGUUUGGUAAAACCGUGGUCUUUCUUUUUAAAAAAAGAAAACCAAAAAUAACAUACAAAUAUUUUGUCUAACCUAUAUAGUUUGCUGUACUCCCAAUUUCUGAGAAUAUUUAAUACUGGUAAUUUUAUCCCUGCAAUAAUAAAUAAAAAAACAAUUUGUUUAA